GUGUAGCACCAACGACCCCGUAGUCCUCUAAACCUCCGUCUCUUUUUCUCUAUAAAUACCCUUCCAAUAUCACUCUCUUUCUUUCUCUCCUUCUCUAUAUUGUAUUAUUUUCCAUUUUUUAUUCCUUACCUCUCUCUCUCUCUCUCUCUCUCUCUAUUCUCUAUCUCUAUUCUCUAUCUCUCUCUCUCUCUACUAUGUCGCCGGUAAACAAUGACGUGCCGGUAACCGGCAAGGGUUUGAUCGUCAGCUUCGGUGAGAUGCUGAUCGAUUUCGUCCCCACCGUCUCCGGCGUCUCUCUAGCCGAAGCCCCUGGCUUCCUCAAGGCCCCCGGUGGUGCUCCGGCAAACGUCGCGAUCGCCGUUUCCAGGCUCGGCGGCAAAGCCGCCUUCGUCGGAAAACUCGGUGACGAUGAGUUCGGUCACAUGCUCGCCGGGAUCUUGAAGGAGAACGGUGUCUCCGCCGAAGGGAUCAACUUCGACCAAGGCGCACGCACGGCCUUGGCUUUCGUCACCUUACGUGCCGACGGUGAGCGCGAGUUCAUGUUUUACCGGAACCCUAGCGCCGAUAUGCUACUCAGACCUGAAGAGCUUAAUCUCGAGCUCAUCAGAUCCGCCAAUGUGUUCCACUAUGGGUCCAUAAGCUUGAUCGUGGAGCCAUGCAGAUCGGCACACUUGAAGGCAAUUGAGGUGGCUAAAGAUGCCGGAGCCCUCCUUUCCUACGACCCGAACUUGCGGCUACCGCUGUGGCCCUCACCGGAGGAAGCUCGUGAGCAGAUCCUGAGCAUAUGGGAUAAGGCAGAGGUGAUCAAGGUUAGCGAUGUGGAACUCGAGUUCUUAACAGGUAGUGACAAAAUCGACGAUGCCUCGGCAUUGUCAUUGUGGCAUGACAAUUUGAAGCUUCUGCUUGUCACUCUCGGUGAAAAAGGUUGCAGAUAUUACACCAAGCAUUUCCAUGGGGAAGUGAAGGCUUUCCAUGUGAACACGGUGGAUACAACUGGUGCUGGUGAUUCUUUUGUGGGUGCUUUACUUGGCAAGAUUGUUGAUGACCGAUCCAUACUUGAAGAUGAGGCAAGGUUGAGACAAGUACUGAAAUUUGCAAAUGCAUGUGGAGCCAUUACAACCACCAAGAAGGGAGCAAUCCCUGCUCUUCCCAAUGAACCUGAGGUGCUUGCCUUAAUCAAAGGGGCUUAGAUGAUUGGGAUUUUUCUUUUUCUUAAUUUUUUUUUGCCCAUUCAAGUAAACGAGGGUUUUCCUGCUUCAAUUUUCCCUUUUUUUUUUUUUUGGUUUCUUUUUGUUGGCUUUUCUUUCUCACUUUUCUCAUGGCUGUAAUGAUGAAAGACACGUGCUUUUCAGGCUUUUGCUGAAUAAAUUCUGUUUCUCAA